AUGUGGCGAUCGGCCGGGGAUCGGGGUUCGGCCAUCACAUCCUACGUUGUUCAAGCCUUGGCUUGGCCUCGGUCUGACAACACAUUAUUGGUGGCUUCUGCCAACCAACAACAACAACAACAACAGCAGCAAUUGCAGAUUCCCGCGGGUAUUGUUUCGGAAGCGAAUUUAGGGGAUCUGCGUGGGUUCUCUGGUUCUGCUGGGGCCUGGUUUGAGGCCGGACGGGCUGCGGUUACUGACAUUGAAUUAGAGGUUGAACUGAAACCGUGGACCUCCAACAUGUUCCGCGUUGUGGCCGUGAACUCUGUGGGCCCGUCGGAAGCUUCAGAAGUGUCAGGGAAAGUUUGCCUGGCCCCAGAAUCGAACCCGCUCUUGAACCCGGAAUUGAUCGUAUCCGAACCCACCUCAUCGGGGUCAAUAGGCGUAAGAUGGAAAAGAAUCAUGCCACUGGACCACGCAGGACCGGGAUUCAAUUAUCUCUUGUCGUGGCGAACAGUUGACGGUUCGUGGGAAGAGCUGGAAUUGCCCUGGACUUCAGAUCGUUACUUUUUCCCUAGGUUGUCCCCCGAAAUUCUAUUGAUUCAAGCAAAAAUUCAAUCAAAAAAUCGACGAGGCAUGAGCAACGCUGAUGCUGCUGUGGUAAACGUGCGACGCGCUCCGAAUAGAAUCCGACACGACAUCAUGGAACCGAUUCACGUGGAACCUUCUGAGCCGAAUUCUGUGCGCAUCUCCUGGUCUAGACUCAGUGACAACCGAUACACACGUUCUCAAUCCACUCUGCUGGAAUUUUCGCAUUUCAAGGUACGGGUGUGCAGGAACGAGGCCUGUCAGCAGCAGCAGAGUUCGAAUCCUCCACUACGAGGGUCAUUCAUCGAUGAUUCCUGCAAACAUUGUUUUUGCGAUGAUGGGCAAACAAUCAAAGAUGUUGACGUGAACAAAAAGCGGAGAAGUUUGCUUUUGAGUAAUGUUUGGCGCGGGGAACCGCUUUGUUUGUCAAUAACUACUGGACUCGGGAAAUUGUUUGCUGAAAACCCCGUCAGUGUUCAACUUCCGGCCACGGGGUCUCACGAAUCUUCGAAAGCUCCCGGAGCAGUAGGCUUGCUGAAAGUCAAUCCGAUUGGAUUCACGUCCCUGAGAAUAUCUUGGUGGCCCUCGAGAAGAAUUUAUCCGGAAUGCGGUCAAAAAUUCGGAACACGACUUUUCAAUGACUACACCGUCGAAUAUUAUCGGGUAGAAUUCGCAUCUUUGGACGGAACCCGAGUUGGGCCCAGAAUUGCUGCUGGGGACGUGAUUCCUGUCAUGAGAAGGAAACCAAACGAAACGGAAACUAAAAAUAGUUCUUCGAACAUUAUAAAGGAUUUCGAGUGGUAUAAUGCUGCAAACUUGAGGCGGAUUUGUCAAAAUUUUCCUGCAUCUGAUGAUGGUCAGGACAAGUCAGAACUCGUGCUUUCGGAACUGGAGCCUGGGACAAAGUAUCGCAUUUUCGUUGUUCCUGGGAAUCGAUUCGGACUCGGUCCAGAGCACUACGUUGAAUCAAAAGUUCCUGAAUGGUCUGAUUACAACCCUUCCUCCAUUGAAUUGGCGAAAGCUGUUGCCUUGUUCUGGGAUCAUUUCGAGCUCAGAGAAAUCAGCACAGUGAUCGAAAACAAAAGUGCUAUCUAUUGCGGAGUUGAAAUGCGAGCAAUGCAUAUUGAAGCCAUUCUCAAUUGGAUUCCAAUCCGACUGCUGCACAGGUUAAAUGGAGAAUCGAUUUUUAUCCAAUCAGAAGUUUUCCCAAGAAUCACAAAUCAGUUGACAGUUUUCAACUCUCACCUGAGACCCGGUCAUUAUGAAAUCCGAGUUCAAUUCCUCAUUGGUCACCGAGUUUUCUCUACACCAGGCAAUUGGAUAAAAACGCGUUGCUCGGACUUCGCAGUCGCAAGUUUGCCAUGGGAAGACGUUGGAUUCGAAGCCUGGUACAUGGGAAUGUUGGCAGCAGUGGGAUUUCUGCUCACGUGCUUCUUCUUUGUGUGUGUUUGUCAAGAGAAUCGGAAGCAAAAAUAUUUCGUGAAAGAAGAACCGGAUGCAAUUUCGAAACGAGUGGAGAAAAUCGGGAUUCCAUCGAUCGUCGCGAGAGAAGAUAUAAUUGGAUUAGAUGCUGUAUACGAUAACCUGGGACUCGAUCUGGGCCACGAAAAUGGAGGAAGUCUGACUUCAGAAGUUUCGGGGUCUUUCGAUGAACGUGCUUCGUACGUGGGCGAAUAUCGUUCCGACCGCGACAUCGCUCGAUUCAAAACACGUCAACCAUCAGCAUCAAAAAUCAGCACCACUGCUGAUGCUCACAACGUGACACAAAAAACUCCACAAGUCCCACUCGGAUUCGAAUCGAAACGGGCCAUAGUUCAACAACAAUAUCAGCAAAGACCCUUCUAUCCUCCAGCAAUCCACGUGACUGACACGGACGACCAACAAAAUAAAUUGCCUCUGAGCGUCGAGGAACUCACGAGGCGGCACAAAUCCUUCGUGGCGGCGUAUUUCGCUGCCAAAUCCGCUGGCGCUCCACCACCGCAAAUUUGGACCAUUCCUCCGCCAAUCCCGACCAUUGCUGAAGUUGAAGAGUUUGAGCCGAGGACCGCAGUGAGGUCGUCAACUGUUUUGAGGUCGAAAUCGUUCAAGCAAGCAGUCGAGAGUCACGUCGACGAGGACGCCCCAGCUCAGCAGUGCCGCCAUCGGCACGAAAAGGCGCCGGAUUUCAAGCCUGGGCGACCUGCACAAAAAUUUUGGAAGUCUGGAGCUCAAAAGGAUUCGAAAAGUGUCGAGGACAAGCCCAAAAUGAAAUUCGAGUCGGGGGUCCAACAGCUGAAAGCCAAACCCGAACUUGCGGAACGGAAGGGCAAAUUUACCCAACCCGGUCUGAUGGACUCGAGACCUGGGCCAUCUGGGGAACCAAGUGGCCCUAAACCUGUUCCGGAGGAAUCUGGGACACUUUCUAGGGUCGCUGGUCGUAGGGAACUUUCCAGACAUGUUUCCGACGGAAGCUCAGAGCUCAAAUCUAGAUCAAAGUCUUGCGACAGGAUGGAAGACUCAUCUUCAAAUGCAUUCGCAGGAGAUGAAAGCAUGAUGGCCCAAGGACGUAGACGAACAAUCUUCCUGGCCAGUGCUUUGCUAACAGUGUUGGGCUCGGAUCCAGGAACAGCAGGAAAUGGGGGCUCAGCCGAGAUCUUGACCUUCAUCCGAGCCCCAACCGACGUGGAAGUAGCCGCGGGUUCCCGGGUCGAAUUGCCCUGUCGCAUUGACGGCCACCUCAACAACAACAACAACAACAACAACAAAGGGCGGACUUCCGUCCGUUGGUUCCGAGGCUCCACUUACAAAGAACUGUCCAUCGGACGCCGGAUCCAGCAAUCCGACGCCGGCGACCUCACCAUAGACAACGUGCAAUUCCUGGACGCCGGUCUGUACACGUGUGUCGCCAGUCGCGACGGCGAGGCGCCGAUUCGAGCCCGGGCCCGACUCACUGUCAGGCCCAGAACGGCGGUCAGAGUGAAGCCGCCAGCACUGGAAGUCACUGUUGGGAGACCGGCAGUGUUUGUGUGCGAGACGAAUGCACAGUUGAAGGCUGUGGCUGGGCACUUGGGUGAUGUUUCUGAAAAGGACUCGGUUUCUUUCACCACUGCUGUGGAUUCCAUCCAGCAUGUGAAUGUGACGUGGAUGAGAAACGGGGCCGAAUUAAAGCCCAGUGACAAGUACAUCAUUGAGAGAAAUCCUCCCACUCUGGAAAUUCCAGUCACCAACGAGCUUGAUACCGGAUCUUACACAUGCGUCGUUUCCACUGUUCUGGAUUCCGGAUCCGGAAGUGCUGCUUUGAUUGUCCAAGGUGUUCCUGGCCAGCCGAAAAUACAGUACGUCCGGUGUGCUGGCAAAACUGCCACAGUCCGCUGGGUUCCUUCGCAGUCCAACGGAGCUCCUGUCACUUCCUACCGGGUUCAGGCCAAUUCAAGUCUGGCCCCAGAUACCUGGGAAGACCUGAAAGAAGUUGCUGGAGGAACUGUGUCAGCUCAGGUCACGCUGAAUGCUUGGGGAAAUUUCUCCUUUCGAGUCGUUGCCGAGAACAAAAUCGGAACUUCAUUUCCGUCCGAACCCAGUGGUCGCCCCUGUACUUCCCCACCGGAUGUGCCCAAAAUUUUGCCCGGAAACGUCACCGUUAUCGGAGAUGCCCCAGGGCAUUUUCUCGUCAAAUGGACUCCUGUUCCUCUGCUUCAAAGCGCCGGUCCGGAUUUUGCAUACUUGGUGUCGUACAAAGCAGCUGAACCCGGUGCUGAAUGGAUCGACAUCGUCGUACCCGAUGCAAAGCUAGACUCUUUGCGAAUUCCAGAUCUGCCGAUUUACAAGAAAUACUUUGUCAAAGUUUGGUGCAGAAAUUCCGUUGGACCCAGUGUCCUCACUCCGGUGACCAUCACGGCAUACACUGGUCAAGGCGUUCCCCUGAAGUCUCCAAAUGGAUUUUGCCCGAAUGGAGUGGCUCCCGUGAAUCCCGAUGGAUCAGUGACUUUUUCAUGGGAAACAAUCGACCAGUCUGACGUAAACGGAUUCUUUCGAGGAUACAAGAUGAAAAUCCGAAGUCUGGAACACCCCGUUCUCGGGGCAGUCGAUCUCAGCCUGGAUCGGAACGUCACCGAAGUCGUCAUCGACGAUGUUUUAAUCGCACUGCCCUACGACGAUCUCACUGCGACUUUACACUCGCCAUCAGCAGUGACAUCUGUGGUUGAGAAAGUGAUCUCGCAUCACCCGAGUUUUGCGCCGUUAAUGGCUCCGUUGUCUUCGUUUCUCGCCACCGUUUCUUCUAGUAUGAAUCAUCCAACGACUCCAACGACUUCUGAUAUACCUGAACAGGAUUAUUCCGUCCCUGACAACGAAGCCGAGGAAACCGCAACCCGCUUCCCGUCCACGUUGCACAUUGGCUUCAUGAACGAACCAACCCUGGUUCAUCCGGACCCUGAACCUUGGGUAACCCUAAUCGAGUCUUUGAAAAGAGACCUGGCUGCUGUGAGACAAGCCCUGGAGCAAAAGGCAGCCGAAUGGGACCGCAAACACGACGCAUUGCGCGAUCAAUUGAACGCGACUCGAGUGCAAAAUUGCGGAGACGUGUCGCCAACUUUCGACCAGUGGGAAGAGAUGCAAGAUGAGUUGGGCCAAUUGCGAGACGAAGUGUCUGCUUUGAGACAACGAGUGGUUGAUGUUGAAAUGGACGGCAGAAGACGUAGACGUUGA